AUAUAUCCACAUCAACGCUGCCUGCUAUUAAUACUAGCAACAAUACUGCUAAUUCUACCAGUACACCAUCACCAACAACAAUGGAAAAUUCAACUUCAACAGCAACUAGGAGUGAACAUGGACAACAACCACCACAACAAACAUCACGACUAUCAACAAAUCCCUCUGUACGGCCACCAUAUCAAACUGAUACAGAGCCGCCGCGUGGAAUUAAUUUUAAAGUUAUAUUUCAUCCUG